CUAGCAGUCAGGACUACGUAAUUUGUUUCCAUGCCUCCUUCCACUGUCCACGAUCCGUCAAUCAAACCAUCAUGAACGUCUUGUUAAUGCAGUAAAGCAGCUGUGGGGACGAGAAUAGCUUGAGAAGUGACCGCAGGUUGGCUGCGUUUGCAGCCAGGAGAGAAGAGGGGAAGAUGCCUUCUCUGUCUUUUACCCUGGAUACUCAGCUGAGGUUUCAUGACAAAUGGCUGAAGCUAGACUUGCAGCGGGCCUUCUCCCCAGAGGGGCUGAGUGAGAUGUGGAAUGAGAUGGUGAAAGAUGAAGAAAUAACUUUUAAUGGGGAAGAAUCAGCUCACACAGAAGAUUGCACUGAUUGUUUUGGUGGUCAGAAGAAGGAUGAACCCAGCGAUAAAGACAAGAAGGAAGAGGAGGAGACGGCAACAUCUGCGCAUCACUCCAUCAUCGAGACUUGGGAUUGGGGCCAGCAGCCAGAUGAGACGGAGCUCAAAGACUGUCUGCUGGUCCUGGUUGAGGAUCAGCAGAAGCUCUCAGCUCAGAUGGCCAAAAGCACUCUCUCCGCCCAGCGCCUGCGGCAGCGGUUGGUCAUCCUGGAGCGCUACCUCAUCUCUCUCAGCCAUAGUAUGAUGGAGGAGAAGUACAAGGUCCGCUGGAAGACGCCCCCCAGCCAGCCUCUGCCUGCUGCUGACAAUAAGAGCCCACGUCCUGCCAGCAAAGGUGUGGAAGGCCUGGCCAGAGUUGGCUCCAGGGCAGCUCUCUCUUUUGCCUUUGCUUUCCUGCGCCGGGCGUGGAGGUCAGGAGAUGAUGCGGACCUCUGCAGUGAGCUUCUCCAGGAGUCCCUGGACGCCCUGCGCGCGCUGCCCGAGGCCACACUGUUUGAUGAGGGGACCGUGUCCUCGGUGUGGCUGGAAGUUGUUGAGAGAGCCACGAAAUUCCUAAGUGACAUACAUGGAAGUGCCAGCACGAAAAGUAACAUUCCUCUUCAGGAUGAGCACCUUGCUCUGGCCAUCCUGCUGGAGCUGGCUGUGCAGAGGGGCACUCUCAGCCAGCUGCUGUCUGCUGUUCUGCUCCUGUUACGUCUGUGGGAAAACGGCACCAGAGAGAUGGACAAUGAACGCUCCACCCAGGGAACCAGUGCUCCUCUCCUGCCUCUGCUGCAGCGCUUUCACAACAUACACAGCAGCAAGGAGGAGCCUGCUCCUGAAGAGGAUGCUGAGAUCCUGACAGCGCCUCUCAGCCCCAACGAGAGUUUCCUACGUUACCUGACCUUACCCCAGGACAAUGACCUGGCUAUUGAUCUCCAGCAAACGGCUGUAGUGAUCAUGGCUCACCUGGACCGCUUGGCCUCUCCUUACAGUCCCCCCCACUGUAACUCCCCCUCGUCACACAAGGGGACCUUGCAGGAAGUGAUUGCCUGGGGCCUUUUAGGCUGGAAACUGUAUGCCAACGUUAAUGGACCCAUUCAGUGCAAAGCCCUGUCAAGCCUGGGGGUCAUGCAGAUUGUCUGUUCAGAAAAGGGUUUCCUCAUCUUGUCUAGCAGUGGUGCUGUUUACACCCAGAACUACAAGAGCACAACACUGGCUCCCAUGCUAGUCCACUGUCUGAGCUGCAGGAAAAUUGUGAAGCUUGCCGCUCAUCCUGACGGUCAGCACUACUUGGCCCUGUCAUCCAACGGGGAGGUGUUUUCAUGGGGCUGUGGUGACGGUGGACGCCUGGGACAUGGAGACACUACUUAUCUAGAAGAGCCCACAAUGAUUGCCGCCUUUAAUGGAAAACAGGCUGGAAAGCAUGUGGUGCACAUUGCUUGCGGGAGCACAUACAGCGCUGGAAUCACAGCUGAUGGCGAGCUCUACACCUGGGGUAGAGGGAACUACGGUCGACUUGGUCAUGGCUCUAGUGAGGACCAGACUACACCCAUGCUAGUGACCGCACUGAAAGGACAUAAGGUGGUGGAUGUGGCGUGUGGAAGUGGAGAUGCCCAAACGCUUGCUGUGACUGAAAAUGGCCAGGUGUGGUCCUGGGGAGAUGGAGAUUACGGUAAACUGGGUCGAGGAGGCAGCGAUGGCUGCAAGACGCCCAAGCUAGUAGAGAAGCUUCAGGACCUGGACAUCGUGAAGGUGUGUUGUGGCAGUCAGUUCUCAGUGGCGCUCACUAAAGAUGGCCAGGUGUACACCUGGGGGAAGGGAGACAACCAGCGCCUCGGUCAUGGCACGGAUGAACAUGUGCGCUACCCAAAGCUGCUUGACAGUCUUCAGGGGAAGAAAGUUGUGGAUAUUGCUGUAGGGUCUACACACUGUCUAGCCCUAACAGAGGAUGGGGAAGUCCACAGCUGGGGAAGCAAUGAUAAGCUCCAACACUUUGACACACUCUUCUCCAACAAGAAGCAGCCUAAAGCACUCCCAGGGCUCAACUCCAAGCACAUUGUGGGAAUUUCCUGUGGCCCAGGACAAAGCUUUGCCUGGUCCUCCUGCUCAGAGUGGUCCGUUGGGCAGCGUGUGCCCUUUGUGGUGGAUGUUUGCUCCAUGACCUUCGAGCAGUUAGACCUGCUCCUGCGACAGGUUAGUGAGGACAUGGACGGCAGCUCAGACUGGCCUCCACCUCAGGAGAAGGAGUGCAUGGUAGUGGCCACACUGAACCUGCUCAGGCUCCAGCUCCACGCAGCCAUCAGUAACCAGGUGGAUCCAGAGGAAUUGGGGCUGGGGCUUGGCAGUGUUCUCCUUAACAACCUCAAGCAGACAGUGGUGGUCCUAGCUAGCAACGCCGGCGUGCUCAACACGGUGCAAGCAGCUGCCCAAGCUGUCCUGCAAAGUGGCUGGUCAGUUCUGCUGCCAACAGCUGAGGAAAGGGCGCGGGCGCUGUCCUCACUGCUGCCUAAUGCUGCAUCUGGAAACGAGAUGAGCGUGAGUCCCGGACGGCGCUUCAUGAUCGAUCUGCUGGUGAGCAGCCUGAUGGCCGACGGAGGGCUGGAAUCUGCGCUCAACGCAGCCAUCACAGCUGAGAUACAGGAUAUUGAGGCCAAGAAGGAGGCUCAGAAGGAGAAGGAGAUUGAUGAGCAGGAAGCUAAUGCAUCCACCAUGCACCGCUGUCGUACUGUGCUGGACAAGGACUUCAUCAACACAGGCAUCUAUGAGUCAACAGGAAAACUAAGUCUGCCCUUAGUGCAACUCGUGCAACAGCUUUUGAGGAACAUCGCCUCUCAGACCAUAGCAAGACUGAAAGACGUCGCUCGGCGAAUCUCCAACUAUUUAGAGGCAGAACAUGUCAGCAAGGAGCGAUCGGCAUCUCUGGAUCUGCUUCUGCGCUUUCAGAGGCUGCUGGUCAGCAAGCUAUACCUGGGUGUCACCGACACGGAGAACGUCAACGGAUACAAUCCUGAGCUUCUUGGUGUUGGCUCCUUAUUAAAAAAGUACAUCGCCCUGUUGUGUACCCACAUUGGAGACAUCCUCCCCGUUGCAACAAGCAUCGCUUCUACAGGUCGCCGGCAUUUUGCAGAAGUGUCUCGGGUUAUUGAAGGAGACCUCACUGGAGUGCUCUUGCCUGAGCUGGUGGUAUCCAUCAUCCUUCUCCUUACCAUCGAUGCUGGUCUGAUGCAGGAAACUGGUGCUAUCCCUCUGCUGGCAGGACUUCUGGAGCACUUGGACCGUUUCAACCACCUGGCCCCAGGACAUGAGAGAGACGAUAAUGAGGAUUUGGCCUGGCCGGGCAUUAUGGGAUCCUUCUUCACCGGACAAAGUUCCAAGAACAAUGAAGAGGUUUCACUGAUCCGUAAGGCUGAUCUGGAGAAUCACAACAAAGAUGGUGGCUUCUGGACAGUGAUUGAUGGGAAGGUUUAUGACAUUAAAGACUUUCAGGCUCAGUCCCAGUCUCUGACAGGGAACAGCAUCUUGGCUCAAUUUGCCGGUGAAGACCCUGUGGUUGCUUUGGAAGCUGCCUUGCAGUUUGAGGACACCAGAGAAUCCAUGCAGGCAUUCUGUGUUGGCCAGUACAUGGAGCCUAACCAGGAGACUGUGACCACUCCAGACCUCAACAGUCUGUCUUCGCCGCUCAUUGACACUGAAAGGAAUUUGGGGCUGCUGUUGGGUCUUCACGCCUCAUAUUUGGCCAAAAGCACUCCGUUGUCCCCUAUGGAGAUUGAAUGUGCCAAAUGGCUCCAGUCCUCCAUAUUCUCUGGUGGCCUUCAGACCAGUCAGAUUCACUACAACUACAAUGAAGAGAAGGACGAAGACCACUGCAGCUCCCUGGGGACAACCACUCCAGAUAAGGCCAAACUUUACUCCCGCAGGAUUACCCUUAGUGACCACGCACAGCCUUUUCUCCAGGCUAUUGCUGACAACAACACUCAGGACCACACUGUGAAGGACUUUUUGUGCCAAAUAGAGCGUUGCUGUAAGCAGUACCAUCUCAUUACACCCAUCACCUUUCCACCAGAGCAUCCUGUGGAGGAGGUUGGCCGCCUGCUGCUCUGCUGCUUGCUCAAACAUCAGGACCUCGGUCACAUUGCUCUCUCACUUGUCAGCCCAUGUGCCUUCGGGGUGGAUCAGGGAAAACAGAGGUCCCUCCCUAAGUCCAUGAUUGAUGUCUGCCGCAUGGUCUACCAGGCAAAAUGUUCAUUAAUUAAGACUCAUCAGGAACAAGGCCGCUCCUAUAAGGAAGUGUGUGCCCCAGUCAUCGAGCGCCUGAGAUUUCUGUUCAAUGAGCUGCGGCCAGCAGUGAGCAAUGAUCUGUCAAUUGUGUCCAAACUGAAGCUGCUGAGCUCUCAGCCACGUUGGAGGAGGAUCGCCCAGAAACUUAUUAGGGACCGAAGGAAAAAAAGAGUGCCUAAGAAGUCAGGUUCUGCUGAUGUAGAAGAGCCAAAGCUUGAGAAUGAGGGGACCAAUGAAGAAGAGCACAAUGUACACAUUAACCCCACUCCUGCAGACAGGAAGUCACCCACUGGAAAGACGUCUAAGCAGGACAAGUGGCAGCCUCUUUUAAACACAGUGGCAAACGUCCAGCGGUACCGGUGGCUGAAACACAGUGUUCAGGGUGUCUUUUCUCAGUCCAGCCUGAUGGGCACUAUAAUAGAGUUUGCACUGAAGGAGGAGCCACUGGAUGUGGAAAAAAUGAGGAAGUGUCUCCUUAAACAGCUGGAAAGGGCCGAGGUGAGGUUGGAAGGCAUAGACACCAUGCUGAAGUUGGCCUCCAAGGGCUUCCUCCUGCCAUCCGUCCAGUAUGCGAUGCUUUGCGGCUGGCAAAGAGUCAUACCUGAAGGGACCAACAUUGGGGAGCCGUUGUCAGACUGCCUUAAACAUGUCGAUCUGAUCCCUCCCUUCAAUCGAAUGCUUUUGGAGGUGACGUUUGGGAAGUUGUAUUCCUGGGCCAUCCACAAUGUUCGCAACAUCCUGCUGGAGGCCAGCGCCCGGUUUAAAGAGCUUGGUGUGCAGCCUGUUCCUCUACAGACCAUCACCAAUGAGAACCCGGCAGGACCAAGCCUCGGCACCAUUCCUCAGGCCCGCUUCCUCCUUUCCAUGAUACAUAUGCUGUCCCUGAAACAUGGCUCCAACAGCCUCAGCCUCUUACUAAAUUCUGGUCUACUGGCCCUCACACAGAGUAUACUCAAGCUUAUUGGACCCAGCACAGACAGCAGUGAGGAGGACCUCGGUUUGUGUGCUCAUGGAGGCUCUGCCACGGUACUGGAAGAGUCCAGAAAGGAGGCGUCCCCUGCUCCCUUACCCGCUUCUGGCCCAGAACUUGCUGCCAUGAUGAAGAUUGGUACCAGAGUCAUGAGGGGAGUCGACUGGAAAUGGGGUGAUCAGGAUGGCCCUGCUCCCGGUCUAGGCCGAGUCAUUGGAGAGCUGGGUGAGGACGGAUGGAUCAGGGUUCAGUGGGACACGAGCAGCACUAACUCUUACCGGAUGGGGAAAGAAGGCAAGUACGACCUUAAACUUGCAGAACCGCCCCCAGCUGCCCAGCCAACCGCCGAGGACUCAGACACUGAGGACGACACAGGCGAGCUGAUAGAGAAAAGCAGCCACCCAACAGCAAUGAUGUUGACCAGCACGGUCAACCUGCUGAAGACACUCUCUCUAUCUGCUGGGAUCUAUGCAGAGGUUCUGCAAACGGAUGCCAUUCGGACUCUGUGUGGACUACUGAGGAUGCUUGUGGAAAGUGGAGUUAACGAGAAGUCAAGCUGUCACUCCCACAGGCUGGUGUCUCGGGAGCAACACCGGAGCUGGUGCACUCUGGGCUUCAUCCGCAGCAUAGCUCUCAUGCCUCAGAUGUGCAGCACCCUCAGCACCUCUGCUUGGAUUGGUCUUCUCAUCAGAAUCGUCGAGGGCCACCAGUCCUUCAGUGCUAUCAAUCUGCAGAGACAGAUCCUGGCACUAAGACUCCUACAAGCAGUUCUGCCUUCAUGGGACAAGGCUGAACGCUCACAGGACAUGAAGUUUCUGGUGGAGAAGUUGUUCAGUUUCUUAGGAAGCCUUCUGAGCACCUGCUCCUCAGACCUGCCACUUCUCAGAGAAGGUUCCAUGAGAAGGAGGAAGUCCCGCCCACAGGCAUCUCUGACAGCCACUCACAGCAGCACGCUGGCAGAGGAGAUCGUAGCUGUACUGCGUGCUCUGCACUCCCUUGGCCAGUGGAACAGCCUCAUAAAUGAUUACAUUAACACUCAGCUCAGCUCCAUUGCUGAUAUUAUGGCUGGCUGUCACUCUGAAGCUUGUUUCUUGGAAGAGUACUUUCCCGACUCAGAGGGUCCUAGAGUCUGCAGUCUGAUGGCAGUGCUGGCAGUGAUCGGUGGGAUAGACGGUCGCCUCAGGCUAGGUGGACAGGUUGUUCAUGAAGAGUAUGGAGAAGGAACGGUAACGCGCAUUACCCCAAAAGGACGCAUCACUGUCCAGUUUCAGGAGAUGAGAACCUGCAGGGUUUGCUUGCUCAGCCAGCUCAAACCGGUGCCUGGCGUUGCCUUCAGUGUGCAGAACCUGCCUGUGAAUGAACCCAUGUUGGCAGUUUGGGCUCAGCUGGUCAGUCUGGCUGGAAGCAAACUAGAGAAACAGCGCAUGAAGAAGUCACUUAGCCGAGGUCUCACAGCUGACCAGGUGGACAUCCAUCUGCUGCGGUGUCAGCAGCUGAGGCUUUACAUUUUAAAAGCAGGACGAGCUCUCUUAUCACACCAGGACAAACUCCGGCAGAUCCUCUCCCAGCCAGCAGUUGUUGACAUGGGACCAAGCCCCAGUGACGAUCCGGUGGCAACAUCUCCUGAUGUCGGAGACUUGUCGCCUGAGGGCCCACUGCCUCCUCUGAUCCUGCUGCAGCAGCUCCUGGCUGCUGCCACUCAGCCCUCCCCUAUCAAAGCCGUUUUUAACAGGCAGGAGAUGGAGGCAGCGGCUCUGGCCGUGUGUCAGUACCUGGCUGUGGAGUCAGCCCACCCAUCCUCUCCACUGUUUGAGGAGAGCAGCUCCAGUGAGGCCACCACACCCAUCACCAUACAGCAUGUAAGACCCCCCAAACAGAAGAAGCAGAAGACCUCCACUGUACCUCCCUUACCCAUCGUCCUCCAGCUGAUGGAAAUGGGCUUCCCAAGAAAAAAUAUUGAGUUUGCCUUGAAAUCACUGUCUGGUACUACAGGCAGUACCUCUGGUGUUCCAGGCGUGGAGGCUCUGGUGAGCUGGCUGCUCGACCAUCCAGACAUUCAGUUUACUGAGCUCUCAGAUGCCGACACUGUGUCCGAUGAAUACUCUGAUGAAGAGGUGCUGGAGGAACUGGAAGAGGCAGAGCCAACAUCCUCUGUGCCUGCAGGAGCGGUGGUGACUGAGAGCCAGACCUUUAAGAAGAGGUCGGAUUUCCAAACCAACGAUGAUUAUGCUGUUUAUGUGAGAGAGAACAUUCAGGUGGGGAUGAUGGUGAAGUGCUGCAGGACGUAUGAGGAAGUGUAUGACGGAGAUGUUGGGAAAGUGAUUAAGCUGGACAGGGAUGGACUUCAUGACUUAAAUGUGCAGUGUGACUGGCAGCAAAAAGGUGGAACAUACUGGGUUCGCUACAUCCACAUUGAGCUGAUUGGUUUCCCACCUCAAAGUUCUCCCUCUCAUAUAAAGAUUGGUGACAAAGUGAGGGUGAAGCCCACAGUUACUACGCCAAAGUACAAGUGGGGAUCUGUAACACACAGGAGUGUUGGGGUAGUGAAAGCAUUCAGUGCCAACGGAAAGGAUGUGAUUGUAGACUUCCCACAGCAGUCCCACUGGACUGGUUUGCUGUCUGAGAUGGAACUGGUGCCCAGUAUUCACCCUGGAGUGAGGUGUGAUGGUUGUCAGAUGUUUCCUAUUAAUGGUCCGAGGUUCAAGUGCAAAAACUGUGACGAUUUCGACUUUUGUGACAGCUGCUUCAAGGCGCGCAAACACAACACCAGACAUUCCUUUGGCCGGAUCAACGAACCUGGCCAGUCUCCAGCUUUUUGCGGUCGGUCAGGCAAGCAGCUGAAGAAGAACCACAACAGCCAGCGUGGGAUGCUGAUCGAUGACUGGUCCCGUGCUGUGAAGAGCCUCAAUGUAUCAUCCGCUGUGAACCAGGCUUCACGCCUCAUUGAUUGCAGCGAUCAGUGUUGGCAGUCCUCUGGCUCACAGGGAAAGCACUGGAUUCGCCUCGAGCUUUUUCCAGAUGUUCUCGUGCACAGGCUGAAGAUGAUCGUAGACCCAGCGGACAGCAGCUACAUGCCCUCGCUGGUGGUGGUUUCAGGUGGAAACUCUUUAAACAACUUAAUUGAGCUGAAGACAAUUAACAUCAACCCCACUGACACCACUGUCCUCCUGCUUACUGAUUGCACCGAGUUUCACAGAUACAUUGAGAUUGCGAUCAAGCAGUGCCGUAGCUCAGGUAUAGACUGCAAGAUUCACGGACUUCGUAUGGUGGGACGUAUCAGAGCUGAGGAUGAAGACCUGGCCACAGUCCCCUUCCUGGCGUCUGACAAUGAAGAGGAGGAUGAUGAGAAAACUGCAGCUGGAAGUCUUGCUCGGAAGAAGUCACCAGGACUGGAGUCGUCAGCCACCAUCCGGACCAAAGUGUUUGUUUGGGGGCUGAAUGACAAGGACCAGCUGGGAGGACUGAAGGGCUCAAAGAUCAAGGUUCCCUCCUUCUCUGAAACCCUCUCUGCUCUCAACGUGGUGCAGGUAGCUGGUGGUUCCAAGAGUCUCUUUGCAGUGACUGUGGAGGGGAAGAUUUACGCCUGUGGAGAGGCCACCAACGGCAGGUUAGGUCUGGGCCUCUCCAGUGGGACCAUCCCAAUCCCCCGCCAGAUCACGGCACUGAGCAACUAUGUGGUGAAGAAGGUGGCUGUGCAUUCUGGCGGGCGUCACGCCAUAGCGCUGACUGUGGAUGGGAAGGUGUUUUCCUGGGGGGAAGGAGAUGACGGCAAACUUGGACACUUCAGUAGAAUGAACUGUGAUAAGCCCCGGCUGAUUGAGGCACUAAAGACCAAGCGCAUCCGGGACAUAGCCUGUGGCAGCUCUCACAGUGCUGCUAUCACUUCCAGUGGGGAGCUGUAUAGCUGGGGUUUGGGUGAAUAUGGCCGCCUUGGACAUGGAGACAACACUACUCAGCUGAGGCCCAAACUGGUGAAAGUGCUGCUGGGGCACCGGGUCAUCCAGGUUGCCUGUGGUAGCCGGGAUGCUCAAACUCUAGCCCUAACUGAUGAAGGAUUGGUGUUCUCCUGGGGUGAUGGAGACUUUGGAAAGCUUGGCCGUGGGGGCAGCGAGGGCUGCAACAUCCCCCAGAACAUAGAGAGGCUAAAUGGACAAGGAGUCUGUCAAAUUGAGUGUGGAGCACAGUUUUCCCUGGCUCUGACUAAAUCUGGAGCUGUUUGGACCUGGGGCAAAGGUGACUACUUCCGAUUGGGCCACGGCACUGAUGUCCAUGUGCGAAAACCCCAGAUGGUGGAUGGACUGAGAGGGAAAAAGAUUGUCCACGUCGCUGUUGGAGCACUGCACUGUUUGGCUGUUACAGACACAGGACAGGUGUAUGCAUGGGGAGACAAUGACCACGGACAGCAAGGUAAUGGCACCACUACGGUUAACAGGAAACCCACCUUGGUUCAGGGUUUAGAGGGACAGAAGAUCACUCGAGUGGCGUGUGGAUCGUCCCACAGUGUGGCCUGGACUACCGUGGAUGUGACCACACCCUCAGUUCACGAGCCUGUCCUUUUCCAGACAGCCAGAGACUCCCUGGGAGCCUCAUACUUGGGUGUCCAAUCAGACAGUGACUCUUCAGCGGCGAGCAACAAGAUCAGUGGGCAGAGCAGCGUGAAGCCCAACCGGCCCUCGCUGGCCAAGAUUCUCCUCAGUCUGGACGGCAACCUGGCCAAGCAGCAGGCUCUGUCUCAUGUGCUGUCAGCUCUCCAAAUCAUGUAUGCAAGGGAUGCUGUAGUUGGUGCUCUGAUGCCAGCUAGCAUGAUUCUGCCAGCAGAGUGUCCUUCCAGCUCUCCUGUACCCCCACUGGACUCUUCCUCAUCCUCCUGCUUCAGCGAUGAAGAAUGUCCUCCUGUUCCUCUUGAAGCUGAAGACCGGGUCAGCCCUAAUCCCUGGCAAGACAAGAAGGGGGAGGCUCCAUCAUCAGAAGACGCAGUUACCCCAUCAUCAGCGGUGACUCCUUCAGCCUGCGGAGCCUCCUCUCGUCCUUUCAUUCCCGUCACUGAUGACCCCGGAGCUGCCAGCAUCAUCGCUGAGACCAUGACAAAGACAAAAGAGGACUCAGAGAACCAAAGUAAGGUUGUUGGUCCCGAGCCUCAAUACCUGGACGAGUUCACCAGUCUCCUAGUGCCUGAUGAUACUCGGGUGAUGGUGGACCUGCUGAAGCUGGCCGUGUCCUGUCGCUCCGGGGAGAAAGGCAAGGAGGUUCUGUCUGCUGUGCUGUCUGGUAUGGGUACAGCUUAUCCACAGGUUGCUGACAUGCUGCUGGAGCUGUGCGUCACUGAACUGGAAGACGUUGCCACAGACUCACAGAGUGGGCGCCUGUCCUCCCAGCCUGUUGUUGUAGAGAGCAGCCAUCCUUACACUGAUGACACAUCCACCAGUGGAACUGUAAAGAUCCCAGGUGCUGAGGGUUUAAGGAUAGAGUUUGACCGGCAGUGUUCAACUGAGAGGCGCCAUGAUCCGCUAACAGUCAUGGACGGAGCUAACAGGAUCGUCUCUGUCAGAUCAGGUCGAGAGUGGUCUGACUGGUCCAGCGAAUUAAGGAUUCCAGGAGAUGAACUCAAAUGGAAGUUUACCAGUGAUGGAUCAGUAAAUGGUUGGGGCUGGCGCUUCACUGUCUACCCCAUCAUGCCUGCUGCUGGUCCCAAAGACUUGUUGUCUGAUCGCUGCAUCCUGUCCUGCCCCUCCAUGGAUUUGGUCACAUGCCUGCUGGACUUCAGGCUCAACUUUGCUUCAAAUAGGAGCAUCGUGCCCCGCCUUGCUGCUUCCCUUGCUGCCUGCGCCCAGCUCAGUGCACUAGCUGCUGGACACAGGAUGUGGGCUCUGCAACGGCUACGUAAACUUCUCACCACAGAGUACGGUCAGUCCAUCAACAUCAACAGGCUGCUCGGAGACAGUGAGGGCGAGGCCCGAUCUAUUAGUUUCACUGGCAGUGCCCUGGCUGCUCUUGUAAAAGGCCUUCCUGAAGCUCUGCAGAGGCAGUAUGAGUAUGAGGACCCCAUUGUCAGGGGAGGAAAGCAGCUGCUUCAUAGUCCAUUUUUCAAGGUCUUGGUUGCUCUAGCUUGUGAUCUCGAGCUUGAUACGCUUCCCUGCUGUGCUGAGACCCAUAAGUGGGCCUGGUUCCGUCGAUACUGCACUGCCUCCAGGGUGGCCAUCGCCCUAGAUAAGAGGACUUCUCUACCUCGAGCUUUCCUCGAUGAAGUUACAAAGAAAAUCCGUGAGCUAAUGGCGGACCUCGAGAGCAUGAAUGGGCUCCACGAGAGUCAUGAUCUGUUUAAGCGGGAGCAUGACGAGCAGCUUGUUCAAUGGAUGAACCGACGGCCUGACGACUGGACCCUCUCCGCCGGAGGGAGCGGUACCAUCUAUGGGUGGGGCCACAACCAUAGAGGUCAGCUGGGGGGCAUCGAAGGGGCAAAAGUCAAAGUGCCUACACCCACUGAAGCUCUUGCCUCUCUGAGGCCAGUUCAACUAAUCGGAGGAGAGCAGACUCUGUUUGCAGUCACAGCUGAUGGAAAGCUGUACGCUACUGGAUAUGGAGCAGGGGGCAGGUUGGGUAUUGGUGGCACAGAAUCUGUGUCUACCCCUACGUUACUCGAGUCCAUCCAACACGUCUUCAUCAGGAAGGUGGCGGUGAACUCUGGAGGGAAGCACUGCUUGGCCCUCUCUUCUGAGGGAGAAGUCUACUCGUGGGGUGAGGCUGAGGAUGGGAAACUGGGCCAUGGAACCAGGAGUCCCUGUGACCGUCCUCGUGUAAUCGAAUCCCUGAGAGGAGUGGAGGUGGUGGAUAUUGCUGCCGGGGGUGCACACAGUGCCUGCAUCACAGCCAGCGGAGAGCUCUUCACUUGGGGCAAGGGUCGCUAUGGAAGGCUGGGCCAUGGAGACAGCGAGGACCAACUUAAACCCAAGCUGGUGGAUGCACUCCAGGGUCACAGGGUGAUUGAUGUUGCCUGUGGCAGUGGGGACGCUCAGACGCUGUGUCUAACUGAUGAUGACAUGGUCUGGUCUUGGGGAGACGGGGACUAUGGGAAAUUAGGCCGAGGAGGGAGUGACGGCUGCAAAAUCCCCAUGAAGAUUGACUCUCUUACUGGCCUGGGAGUGGUGAAAGUGGAGUGUGGCUCUCAGUUCUCUGUGGCGCUCACUAAAUCAGGGGCCGUCUACACAUGGGGGAAAGGGGACUACCAUCGACUGGGCCACGGCUCUGAUGACCACGUGCGACGGCCCAGACAAGUCCAGGGGCUUCAAGGGAAGAAAGUCAUUGCCAUCGCCACUGGAUCUCUUCACUGUGUUUGCUGCACAGAGGAUGGAGAGGUCUACACGUGGGGAGAUAAUGAUGAAGGCCAACUUGGAGACGGGACCACUAAUGCCAUCCAGAGGCCGCGGCUGGUUGCAGCACUGCAGGGCAAGAAAAUCAACAGAGUGGCCUGUGGCUCUGCUCACACUCUCGCCUGGUCAACCAGCAAGCCCACUAACGCUGGGAAACUGCCCGCACAGGUCCCCAUGGAGUACAAUCAUCUCCAGGAGAUCCCCAUCAUGGGUCUGAGGAACAGACUCCUGCUGCUGCAUCACUUCUCUGAGCUUUUCUGCCCCUGCAUUCCCAUGUUUGACCUGGAGGGUCGGCUGGGUCAGACAGGCCACGGCCCGUCGGUCGGCUUUGAUACACUCAGGGGUAUCCUCAUCUCCCAGGGCAAGGAAGCAGCUUUCAGGAAGGUGGUUCAAGCUACGAUGGUGAGAGACAGACAGCAUGGACCUGUGGUGGAGCUGAACAGAAUACAGGUGAAGCGUUCCCGCAGCAAAGGGGGUCUGGCAGGUCCUGACGGAACCAAGUCUGUGUUUGGUCAGAUGUGUGCCAAAAUGAGUUCAUUCAGCCCGGACAGUCUGCUGCUCCCCCAUCGCGUGUGGAAGGUUAAAUUUGUGGGCGAGUCUGUGGACGACUGUGGGGGAGGCUACAGUGAGUCCAUUGCUGAAAUGUGCGAAGAGCUGCAGAACUCCCUGACGCCGCUGCUCAUCGUCACUCCAAACGGCCGUGACGAAUCAGGCGCCAACAGGGAUUGUUUCCUGCUUAAUCCCGCUGCCAAGUCCUCUCUUCACAUGAGCAUGUUUCGCUUCCUAGGAGUCCUCCUGGGAAUUGCAAUCCGAACCGGAAGCCCUCUUAGCCUGAAUCUGGCAGAGCCUGUAUGGAAGCAGCUGGCAGGGAUGAACCUGACCAUCGCUGACCUCAGUGAGGUUGAUAAGGAUUUUAUUCCCGGGCUGAUGUACAUCCGGGACAACGAGGCUACAGGGGAGGAGUUUGAAGGCAUGAGUCUUCCCUUCACAGUGCCCAGUGCCAGUGGCCAGGAUAUCCAGCUCAGCUCCAAAUACUCCCACAUCACCCUGGAGAACCGGGCAGAAUAUGUCCGCCUUGCAAUCAAUUACAGACUCCACGAGUUUGAUGAUCAGGUGUCUGCUGUGCGCGAGGGAAUGGCUCGGGUGGUUCCUGUUCCUCUGCUCUCACUUUUUACUGGUUACGAGCUGGAAACGAUGGUGUGCGGAAGUCCAGACAUCCCGCUUCACCUGCUGAAGUCGGUGGCCACUUACAAGGGCUUGGAGCCGACGGCGCCGCUCAUCCAGUGGUUCUGGGAAGUGAUGGAGUCCUUUUCCAACACGGAGAGGUCCCUGUUCCUGAGGUUUGUCUGGGGCCGCACUCGGCUACCUCGCACCAUCGCUGACUUCAGGGGCCGAGAUUUUGUAGUGCAGGUUUUGGAUAAAUACAACCCUCCUGACCACUUCCUGCCAGAGUCCUACACGUGUUUCUUCCUGCUCAAGCUGCCCAGGUACUCGUGCAAACAGGUGCUAGAGGAAAAGCUCAAAUAUGCCAUUCACUUCUGCAAGUCCAUCGACACGGACGACUACGCCCGCAUCGCCCUGUCGGGGGAGCCCGCGGCCGACGACAGCAGCGAGGACUCUGAUAAUGAGGACGCCGACUCCUUCGCCUCCGACUCCACGCAGGACUACCUUACAGGACACUGAGUUUUCUACAGAUGUCUAGGAUCCUGUGUUAAUGCCACUUCACAAUGUGCACAUUCAUACAGGCAGUCUACUGAGCCACAAAUAUCUGUGGGGGGAUGUGCAAUGACUUUAAAAAAGAAAUAUAAGCUAAAUAAAGUAAAAAACACCAGUUUCUUUAAAAUGAGGCAGAGCGAUCUGCUGCACAUGUGGUUGUUGUUACAUGGACAUAAGUAUAUUACAGUUACAGCCUAGCACUGUGGUAGAUUUCUCCCUUUGGUUUGUGUGAAUUACCAGUCUCUAGAUUGUAUAUAGACACUGAUGUGUGAUGAAAGUAGUAUUACUUUUUUUUUUAGUAACAACCAUGUUUCUUUAUAAAUAUAUAUGUAUAAAAGCAUUUUUAAAGUCAGUGUUUCUCACCCAGCUCACUCCAGUCUGAGCCCACUGAAGGAUCAUUUUAAGAUUUGUGUAAUUACCCCCUACCUUCCACCUCGUUCAUGCACUGUCUCCUUAAAGAAUGUAUAUGAUUGUGCCAUGUGUUCACAGGUCUCAUUCCUGCAUAUUAAAUGUUAAUACAUUUCUGUUAAUAAAGUGAAAAAAAUACUGCUUAUUUAA